UCUUGUUGCAACGCUCUUCUCGCCUCCCUCCUACAAUAAUCCUCAUCUAUAAAUCAACCACCACCCCUUCCCCCCUAACCCUAACCAACCAUGGUGCAUCCAAUCUCAGAAGCCAACGAAACCAGCCCUUUCGGAACCCUAACACCGGACCAAUUCUACUCCCGCCACAACGUCUCUCACUCCUCCGACUACUUCACAAACCCUAGAGGCCUCAAACUCUUCACACAGUCAUGGACUCCACUUCCACCGGCCAAAAUCUCCGGCCUCAUCUGCGCCGUUCACGGCUACACCGGCGAGUCCAGCUGGUUCGUCCAACUCACAUGCGUUCACCUCGCAAAAGCCGGAUUCGCCGUAUGCGCGAUCGAUCAUCAAGGUCACGGAUUCUCUGAUGGUCUUCAGCAUCAUAUUCCGGAUAUUAAUCCGGUGGUUGACGACUGUAUUUCGUACUUUAACUCGUUUCGUGAGAAGCACGCGCCGUCGCUUCCGUCGUUUCUGUAUUCUGAAUCUCUCGGUGGCGCAAUCGCGAUUUUAAUCACGCUCCGCCGUGAAGGAAAACCGUACGACGGACUUAUCCUCAACGGCGCAAUGUGUGGAAUCAGCGACAAGUACAAACCGCCGUGGCCGUUGGAACAUUUUUUGUCACUCGCAGCGAUGGUGAUUCCGACGUGGCGCGUGGUGCCCACGCGCGGAUCGAUACCGGAUGUCUCGUUUAAAGUGGAGUGGAAGCGGAAGUUAGCGUUUGCGAGUCCGAGAAGGUCGGUGGCAAAGCCACGCGCCUCCACGGCGCAAGAAUUGUUGAGGAUUUGUAGGGAGGUGCAGAGUCGGUUUACGGAGGUGGAUGUGCCGUUUCUGAUUGUUCACGGUGGUGAAGAUAUUGUUUGUGAUCCGGCGUGUGUGGAGGAGUUGUAUCGACGCGCCGCUAGUAAGGAUAAGACGAUGAAGAUAUAUCCAGGGAUGUGGCAUCAGUUGAUUGGUGAACCGGAUGAUGACGUGGAGGUUGUCUUUGGGGAUGUGGUUGAGUGGCUGAAGAUUAGAGCAAGAAGGGGAGAGGAUGCUUAGAACGGCGCCGUUUUGGAAUUGUGUAAUUGCUUGCUAAUUGUGGGGUUGUAAUAAGUUGGUAAUGAACUAGAAAUCUUUUUUCAAGUUAAAAUCCUUGAGUAAUGAGUGUGAUUACUAGCUAAGCGUGGGUUCCACCUUCAAAAAAAUACAACUUGAAAUGAGCUCAAACAGUAGUCAAACUAACACUCGUUAGUUAAGUAAGCGUGGGUUUGGCUCUUCUUCUCAAUAAAUACGGGUAACUAGAA